AUGUUUUGGUCUCAUAUCGUGGCGCUUUUGGCUGCGCCAUCAGUGAUCAAUCUUCCGAUCAAAAAUAUCGCCCAAGUGUUGGACACUGCAACCUCCCGGUCUAAGCCUUCACAAUACGAGAAUGUCCUUGAACAUUACGAAGAAAUGAUUGUAGAGGUCAGGGUAGGUACACCCAAGAAAACACGGAUUAUGGGGGUCGAUUUCAUGAGUUACGAAAAUGUAUUGAUGGACGCCACCCUUGGUUGUGACACGGAAUUAGUGGCAACUGGUUAUGGUCACCAUAGACUCACUAAACAAGGCAUUGAUGCGAUUGCCCUUGAUCCACGGGUGCUGACCACGUUUAAGGUGGAAGAUGGCAACGAUAUUGGUGAAUUCGGGGGUUAUUCAGCCAGUGAAAGAUUGGCAAUUGGCACAGGAAAGCCAAUGGACGUGAUGUUUAGGAUGGUAGAUACGUGCGAAAUGAGAAACUCCAUGGGUUUUGCAAUGAGUCCAUUGCGGGAAAAUGAAGAAGAAAAGGAAGGAAAUAUGAACCUUGUGCAAAAAUUGAAGGCUCAGGGCUUUAUUAGGACUGCCAUUGCUUCCUUCAUGUUUCCUCAAGGAACAGAUGAUGAGGGCUCCUUACUUAUUGGUGGCUUGGACCAUUCCAAAUACACCGGAACUUUAGGGAAGAUGCAAAUGGUCAACUCUAAAGCAGAAGAUGGCUACACUAGAACUGGAGCCAUUGAGGUGGUUUUGGAUGGUAUAAGCACCGAGGAUGCCAUUCUCGAGGAUGCUCAUCAUGGAGUGAAAUUGACCACAUUGAGCUGGAGUUCCUUACCGGAGGAACAUUUGAAGGCUAUAGCUAAUGAGUUUGGAGGAAAUUUAAACCAAGAAAUGGCUGAAUAUACUUACGACAAAGACAUUUUAUUUCGAAAUGAGGCUUUGAUAUUCAGUUUCGGUGGUGUGCCCAUCAAUGUUCCGAUUAGAGAAUUGGCCUACGAAUGUGCAGAAGCAACCUAUUGCUUGUCUUUAGGCCGCAAAGUGCACAACCAAAUCAGUUCCAUUGGCCUUGACGUGUUGAAACAUGCAUAUCUCGUAAUUGACUAUGAGAACAACGAGGUUGCUUUAGCACAGGCAGUACAUAAAGCAUGGAAGUUACCUCUGUUUGAGGAGGCAACAGCAGGAAUCCCUUCUGCUACUAAAGCUCCUGGAUAUGCGUCCAAAAUUGUGAACUUCUUCGGCAAACACGAGUCAGUAGCAACUGAAGAAGCUGACGAAGGCGGAGUGGUCUUGAACAAAAGAGCCACUUCUGGUGCAACGGCUAAAACUACCAAUAACGGUCCAACUACAGGAGCGCACGGCGGGACAACAACAGGUACACCCAGGACUACAUCCCUUUACGGCAACACACCUACCGAUACAGGCACUGGAGUGGUGGUGGUAUCUACAGGAAAGUCUACCACCAGAACUUCCACUCGGACUACCACUACCAGUAGAACCUCCAGCUUCUUCAACACCACAUCCAGGAUAGCUGGAGCAAGUCCUAUGAAGUUCAAUGUUGGCGAGAAUUACCACGGAGUCAGCUUCUUCUACUUGUACAUGGGAGUAAUUGCAGCGUUGUUCUUGAUGUACGCAUAA